UCACACUCUCGCUUGCUCUUUUUCUCUCUCUCCCUCCCUCUCUCUCCCUCCCUCUCCCUCUCCCGUCUCUGUGGUUUGUAAGGUAGGUUGCAGUGUGUGUAUAUACACAACAUCAAGAGCAGGAAAAUGGACUCAUUAGGGAGACAGGCAGUCAUUACCAUUCACACUGCACUUCCAGGGAGACAGCGACUAUGAGGAGACAGACUGAGGACUGGGGAGCAAGGAAAUUUGAGAGCUUAACAUCUCUGCUGCUUCCUGCUUUUGCUGCGACAAUUUCUUCUUGUAUUUUCAAACAGAGCUCAGCCUUGCAUCCCAUCCCAUCCUGUUGAUUUCUCUUUGGUUACAUGAGUGCCUGAAGUUACAUUUUAGAUGCUGAAAUCACUGCACCUUAAAAACAAAAAAAGAUUGAAUUGAAUUGCAUUCCUAUUCACACGAUGGCUUCAGGAGUACCCCCUAGCCUGGAAUGGAAACAGCUUAGAAGCAUCUUCUGAGACAGUUCUAUGAGCCUGAAGAAAGGGGCAACUGCUAUAACAUUUGGAAAACAGUUGCAGAAAACAGCAAACGUUAUUGAGAUACGUAGAAGCAAAUACGAAGAGCUUUAUCUGCUGUAAGGUGAACAAGCAUUGUCACACAGCUUUGUUGAGGUCCAUGUUGGCCAGGCUACAUAACAACCAGAGCAGAAUUUGCAGUCAUUCAUCCUGAGCUCUUGUUCUGAUUAUAGGGCCCACACUUGUUCUUCAAAUUGCAGGCACAACUUUUCCCCUUUCCCUGCCUCAAUGAAUGUCUGCACUAAGUCCAAAGCUUGGAGUGAUUUACCUGAAGAGUGAUAUUCAUAAACCACUAAAGAAACCCAAGACAACUGAAAUACCGAAGUCUGAGGAGAAUGAGAUUACGCAGACGGGUGCCUUCGUUGCCAAGUCAGGCCUUCCAUGCCUGAACUUUGAAGCUAUCUCAUCUCUGAGCCCAGAUCUCAUCCAUUCAUCCCAUUCACUAAGAAACCUGCACGUAUACACAGGGUCACCUGAUUGUAACAACAGUUGCAAGGGGAUGACAGAGCGCAUUCACAGCAUCAACCUCCACAACUUCAGCAAUUCUGUGCUCGAGACCCUCAACGAGCAACGCAACCGUGGCCACUUCUGUGAUGUGACAGUCCGCAUUCACGGGAGCAUGCUGCGUGCCCACCGUUGUGUGUUGGCGGCUGGCAGCCCCUUCUUCCAAGAUAAGCUAUUACUGGGCUACAGUGACAUUGAAAUUCCUUCUGUGGUGUCAGUCCAGUCAGUGCAAAAGCUCAUUGACUUCAUGUACAGUGGAGUAUUGCGGGUCUCACAAUCAGAGGCCUUGCAAAUCCUCACAGCAGCCAGCAUCCUGCAGAUUAAAACUGUGAUUGAUGAAUGCACACGGAUUGUCUCACAGAAUGUGGGUGACAUCUACCCUUUGAUUCAGGAUUCUGCACAAGAGACACCCCGAGGAACUCCCGAAUCAGCCACUUCAGGACAGAGCAGUGAUACAGAGUCUGGUUAUCUGCAAAGUCACUCACAGCACAGCGUAGACCGGAUCUAUUCAGCUUUGUAUGCAUGUUCUAUGCAGAAUGGCAGUGGUGAGCGUUCAUUCUACAGUGGAGCAGUGGUCAGCCAUCAUGAAACAGCACUAGGCCUUUCUAGAGACCAUCAUAUGGAAGAUCCAAGCUGGAUUACAAGGAUCCAUGAGCGUUCACAGCAGGUGGAGCGGUAUCUUUCCACCACUCCAGAAACCACACACUGCAGGAAGCAACCACGUCCUGUUCGGAUCCAAACUUUAGUGGGCAAUAUUCACAUCAAGCAAGAGAUGGAGGAUGAUUAUGACUACUAUGGACAGCAGAGAGUACAAAUCCUAGAGCAUAAUGAGUCUGGAGAAUGCACUGAGGAUACUGAUCAAGCAGAAGGUGCUGAAAGUGAGCCCAAGGGAGAAAGCUUUGAUUCUGGAGUCAGUUCCUCCAUUGGCACUGAACCUGACUCUGUGGAGCAGCAAUUUAUGACUGGCCUAGGUCGAGAAGGUCAACAAGAGCCUACACAACCAGAACAAAAUGAUGUUUCUGCUGAAAGCAUUCAGCAGCAGCACACAGAUACUAACUCUUCUUCACCAGAAAGAGGAAAUGAUGUUGAAAGGGACAGCGCACUAAUAACUGUUUGUAACAGUACUGAAAAGGGGACUUUACAGCCUAUCACUACAACUGUUUCCCAAUCAUUGCCAAGUACACAGCUCUACUUACGCCAGACAGAAACCCUCACCAGCAACCUGAGGAUGCCAUUGACCCUGACCAGCAACACACAGGUCAUCGGCACAGCUGGCAACACCUAUUUGCCUGCACUCUUUACUACACAGUCUGCUGGCAGUGGUCCUAAACCUUUCCUUUUCAGCCUUCCCCAGCCUCUAGGCCAACAGGCACAAUUUGUGACAGUGUCCCAGCCUGGGAUUUCAACUUUUACUGCCCAACUGCCAGCCCCACAACCUCUGGCUCCUUCUUCAGGCCACAGCACAGCAGGUGGGCAGGGUGAAAAAAAGCCUUAUGAGUGUACCCUCUGCAACAAGACUUUCACAGCCAAACAGAAUUAUGUCAAGCACAUGUUUGUACAUACAGGUGAGAAGCCCCACCAAUGCAGCAUUUGUUGGCGAUCCUUCUCCCUAAAAGAUUACCUAAUCAAACACAUGGUGACUCACACUGGUGUCAGAGCCUACCAAUGCAGUAUCUGUAAUAAGCGUUUUACGCAGAAGAGUUCCCUAAAUGUGCAUAUGCGGCUCCACCGUGGGGAGAAAUCUUAUGAAUGCUACAUUUGCAAGAAAAAGUUUUCACACAAGACCCUGCUUGAAAGACACGUGGCUCUACAUAGUGCCACAAAUGGAACAUCUAACACAACAAGCACUGGGGCAAGGGCACUUCCAGCUGGAGUGAUGGCCUGCACGGAGGGAACGACCUAUGUUUGCUCUGUCUGCCCAGCUAAGUUUGACCAAAUUGAGCACUUCAACGACCACAUGAGGCUGCACGUUUCAGAUGGGUAAAUAAUAUCUAUUCUGUUAUGAACAACAACAAAGCCCAAAUAGAGAAACAACGAAAAGCUAUGGCACUAGAUUUUUUUUUCAUUUUUCAUUUUUAGUUUGUUUAUUUUCAUUUUUGUACUACAUGAUGAACUGUUUUUUGCCUGCUGGUACAUUACAUUUCUGGAAGCUGGAUGAAUAGUAAUUAUCUCAGCCUUCCUUUGAUGGUGGCCUUAAGGCCAGAUAGUGUUUCAGGAGAUCUACUGGUUGGAUCUCUAGCUACUGGCCUCUAAAUACAACCCUUCUUUACUACAAAAAAAAAAAAAAAAAAACUUAAAAAAAUUGUCACUUGUGAAGAGCACUACAAAAACAACAACGAGAAAUAUGUUAUGAAAUCUACAAGGCCUACUGUCGUAAGUACACCGCUUGCAGUGUUUCAAUGGACAGAUUCACAAUUCUGACCGCUUUGGACUUCACAAUAUCGUUAAAACUGUGGAAUAGAAACAUAAAAAUUGAUCAGCAACACACACAAUGGGCCCUAUUGGUUUCCACCAUUAGUCUUGCUAUCAUAAAAGGGCUGUGGAAAAUGGCACGGGAGUUUGGGUUGGAUGGUGUGGAGUCCCUGCAGGAUGGGGAAGGAGAAUAAUAGAUUCCUCUUGUGGAUUCGGUUCCAUUCCACCCGUUCAGAUUUAUAACCCCAACUUCUUUCUCCCCCACUAACACCAAUACCAUCUUUCAUCGGACUUAGGAACAAUAAGUAAGAAUGAGGUGAACAAAGGUAGCUUUUCUGCAAUUACAUGUUGUCUUUGCUGAGCAUAGGGCAAACUUGGCCAAUCUGGCAUCCUCCAGGUCUUCUAGCAUUGUGACUCCCAAAUGGGAGCUGCAAAUACAACAACUCUGGAAGUGCAAGACUAAGGAGGGAUGACACAGAGCCCCAGCCAAAUAGUGGGACUUUGCAAAUGUCAAAGAGAAGUACAAAAAGAGAAAAAAUUGAAAGGUUUUUUUCACCUACUAGUCUAGGUAUAAGGAAAGGAUUACUUCCUAAAAAAAUUAGGGAUAAAAUUUAAAAAAGGCUGUGUCAAGCCUAUCCAUGAUGAGACAGGUAGAGUAAUAGACGAGCGGAGGAGAAAAUAAAAAGAGUUCUCAAGAUUUUUUUUAAUUCAGUUUUUUUAGAGGGACAGAAGUGUUUACCAGGUAGAAUGCUGAUUUUUUAAAAUAUAUAUAUAUAUUUACUUCAGUAUUUCUGUACAAAAACAGAAGGAAGGAAAAUUGUAACUUUUUAAACAUAAUUUUCUUCUCUUUUUUUGCGUACACUGCCACUAAUAUCUGCUCAGUUAUAUAACUGAAUGUGUGUAUACACACACAUUCAUACCUUAUUGUUAAUACAGACUGUUAAGGUUAGAUGUCCUACUUUCAUAUAGCAAGUGGGCAAAGAUGAGAUGGUCCUGAUAUUUCUUUCUGAUGAGAAAAAUAUGUUUCACCAUAUUUUCUGUUGUUUCCCUUAUGCUUUUAUUACUUUGAGAAUAGCACCUUGAAAUUGAUUGAUAAUAUAUGUGAUAUCUUCCAUCUAAUUCUGUCCAUAUUGUUGUAGUGUCACAUGAAUAGCUGUUCGGAAGUCAGAUUAUUUUCUAAGACUUUUGAGUUCCAUCUAAAAUGUAAACGAAUUAGUUUUAGAAGGAAGUAUUUUAACACUAUUUAUAUCAUUGGAAUGAUAAAAUAUCAUUUUGACUAUAGUUUCUGGAAGUACCUAGAAAAAGGGCAUUUAUUUAAGAAUUGCUUGCAGAGAUUGGUUUGUAAGAUCUUUUAUCCUUCCUGAAAUAUAGAUCAAAUCUACUUAAAUGCUAAACCUUCUUUUUACUUAUAAAAGUACAGAUAAUCUUCCUUCUUUCAAUCUGCAAAAACAUUAAGAUAAGGGCCAUGCUUUUCAAUUUCGACUUCACAAAAUAGGGCAAGACAUUCAGAGUUGCAGGUUUUUAUUGAUCACUUCUUCCGUUCUUAGCGGACUUUUGAGAAUUACCUGAAACAGUACUUUUUAUGUAUCUAGUUACAUUGGAUUAAUGUUUAACUAUUUUAUUAAGAAGUUUCUUUCCUGUGAAUCAUAGUACAUACUUCCUAUUUCAAAUGAAAAUUAUCUGAAAAUAAUAUGCAAAUGGAGAGUCAAGAAGAAAACAUUUAGAUAAAUUUUAAACAUAUCUUUGUUUCAGCUAAAUCUUAUGAGAUUGCAUUUCUGUGUAGAAAUCAAUGGAAAACUUUAUAUAAAGUGUUCUGUAACUUUAUAUAAAGUGUUCAGCGACAGGAUGCUAGAUUUAAUCAUGUUUUGUGAGACACUCCUCCUUGCACAACAUCAUUUAUUAGACAUUUAUAUUCUGUCAAUGUAGGUCACAACUUCUGUUAUAUUGCACAACUUUUUUCAUGUCAAUUCUGAGAUAAGGCCCACUAAAUUCUGGGAUUCAUUUUCAACAAAAAUAUAUAGGAUUGGGAUCUUAAAUAUUUCAUAAUAAUUUCAUCAGAAAUAAUAUACAAAAAUGUAAGAAAAGACAGAACCUGGAUAUACAACACGAUGCUAUCAUGUAAAAGAAUGUCAUUUUUAUAACUACUGAAAAUCAGUCAAGAAUUUAAGUUUGUUUAAGCAAUAACAUGGCUUUAUAUGGCUCAUUUUCCAGAUGAAUUUUAGGAACAAAUUGAUUGCCAAUAAUAGAAACAAUAGUUUGAGUCAGUUUUCAAAAAUUAGACAUUUCUGUGAUCUAAGAUAAGCAAUGCACAGACAAGAAAAAAAUGUAGAAGAUGUUAGUAGAGAAUCAAAAUUAAAAAAAUUAAAAAUUUCAAAUUAAACACUUAUUUUUUUUUUAAAAAAAAAACUGUUUUUAAAUAGGUUUGAUGUAGAACUUGCGUGCUAUUCAUUAAAGAUGAAUAUUGCCUCAAAGCAAAAAUAGAUUUUGUUUGGUGAAAAAAAGUAUAGAUUAUCUUCAUUCAUUGACCCAAAAUAAUAUAUAGACCUCAAAAUAAUGUAUUCCAUGCAGAAAAUCGUUGUCACUCCUACAGGCCUUCAGAUGCUAUACCUGCAACGUGUUUAUUUAGGAGAAUAUUAAAAAAAUGGAUCCUUGCAUCAAUCCUCCUGUAAACAUUUGUAUUUGAGGAUAAAUUAAACUAAAUUAAAACUAAGAUUUGUAAAAAUUAGAUCAAGUGACAAAUUAUAUAAAUCAAGAUUUGAAUGUAAUUUUAAGAUAUAAGGAAACCAGUUACUCUGACAAAAUUACAGUUUUGGUGAUCUAUAUGGAAAAAAAUACUGCAGUUUUCAUUGUACAGUGGCUUUAAAAAGGUGAUUUUUUUACAUUAACUAUAUUACUGCUUCUUAAAUCUCUUGUUCUGGUUUCUAUUAAGGUCUCUUUUCUAAUACUACAGCUUUUAUUUAGUUUUGAUAGGUAGCAUUUAUGCUAUUCCAGUUUUGUGAAAUAAAAUCCAAAGGUUUGAAAGGUUCUUUAGAGAAUGAAAAGCUAUAGUCACGUGCAAAAAAAUCCUAAAUUCCUUCAUUCCUUCCCCCUCCAUCCAUAUUGAAGCCAAUUAAAUUGGAUUCUUGCUAAUAAUUAAUUUUUACUCAGUUAAUGUUCUGUCAGUCACUAAUUAUUUUUAUUCUUUCUAUACAUUUUUUGUACUUUUUAUUCUUGCUUCCAUAAAUACCAUAUUUCAAAACAAAUGCAACAAUAGUUCAAACUGUGUGGCUAUAGGAUAAGUAUUCAUAUAUCUGAAUUUUCAUUUUAUAUAACUAUUUACUUACUUGUUCCCUUAUUAUGGUCACAUCACAGACCAGUAUGGACCCAAUAUUUUCCACUAUGACUAAAUACUAGCUCUAUAUUUAUAGCUCAUGCAAAUCAUUAGAGCAUAAUUGGAAGUACAGACAUUAUCCAGAUGGUUUUCUAAUAUUUUUCCUUCACUUUAAAAACAUUCUUUCUUAUAGCCAAAGGUCACUGCAGUCCAAAAAGCCUAUAAUUUUGUGACCCCAAUGAUUUCUACAAUAAUAAUAUAUUUAUUUAUGUUUAAUGUUUCAGGUAUAUUUGCACUAAACGUAAUUGAACAAUUUAUUUCAUUUUAAAUUAAAAUGCUCAAUAAGAAACCUGAAAUAAUCUUCAUUUUUUUAUUGUUUUAAAUGUUUGCACUGAAAGCUUUUUAUUUAUAGAAGAAUAGAAGGAUUCAAAACUCAUUGCUUUUUAAAGAGAAACACAUUUGCUGGCAUUUUGUGAUUAUCUACAUACUCCCAUAAUUUCCUACUUGCAGGUAGUUAAGUUAUAUAAAAAUGAUAUACAGCAAGCAGUGCAAGGCUCUUUCUGUACAGUUAAUUUUUUUUCACAUUUCUGAUUAUGUGGAAAAGUGGGUUCUUAAAUUUUUAAGUAAAUCUCAUCUGAAUAUAUACAUAUCCCCUUAUCAGGGCAAGUAACAUGCCUUGAAGACAGAAAUGCUAUUUGGCCCAUAUUUUAAUGUGCAAAACAUAUUUUAGCUCAUCGUAAACAACAGUAAACCUUCAUAGAAAAGCAGAUCUAGCAGAUCUAACUCUUACUGAAUUAGAGAUUCUGUGGUUCAUGGAGUGAAUUAAUGAGGUCAUCAAAAUGUAGUAAGAGUGCCAUUUGAUUUGUAAAAGUCAGAAUAGUAAAUUAAUUCAACCAAUGCUCAGAAAAUGUAUUUGAAUUUCAGUAUUCAAAUUAAGGUCACAUGUUUGAUAGAAAUAGCUGGAAUUAAUAAAUUAUGUCUACAUAUACUUAAUUUAAAUAUAGUGGAUGCAACUCAUAACUAGAAAGUGACAUUUGAGGGCACCACUAUAAAAUUAAUAAUGGGCAAUUUUAUCCAAAGAAAAUAAAAAAAUAUGACCAUAUGAAACAAAGAGAUACACGUUUCAUUCACAUCACACAAACUCCAUGUCUUACCAUGCUCUAAGUAUUAUUAGACUUCAGGGUUUCUAUCCUUCCUAAGACCAUUUUACUACUGAAAUAGAUACCAAAGUGUACCCUACAUGCUACAUGCUACUUCCAUCAUCCCAUUUCUGUCCCUGUAAUCAUCUAGCCCACAGGCUGAGCUUGACCAUUUUAUUAAUAUUUUGUGGGUAUUUUAAGAGGCAAGAUGGAUGCCUUAACCCUAUAAAAUCUGUGGCAUUUUGGAGUUUAAUUCCAUAUUUUUGGAGAGCAGAUUUGAUAAGUUAUGCAAACUGAUUCAACUGUAGAGCUAAUGAAAGCAUUUAUUUCAUUAAAAAGAAGAGAAAGCAGUUGGAAGCAAAGCCAGAUUUUCAGUUCUGAGUGUAACUUGCAGCUUUGUGGUUUAAUACCGCUCUUUCCUGUGCCUUUCUUACCUCUUUCAAUGCUAUUUCAUGCCUCUCUCUGCAUUUUAGGCCCCAGCAAUGAUGGUCUGUGUUUCCUGAACAAUAGUUAAGCUCUAGAAUGAUCUAGUCAUUUUUCUCAGAAUAACAUGAUCUCUUCAGAAAUGUCACCUUCCAGUUAUCUUAGCAUCCACAACGAUGUUGAAUUAUUAUAAGAUUUUAUGAACUCUGGUGGUCAUUUUCUUGUUGCUACUUAAUGGGAAAUGUGUAUGAGUUUAGGCUGUGCUUUUAAUUAGACAGAAAUUCAGUAUCUGUAUUUUAAAGUCUUGAAAUCCAGACUUGUAAGAUCAUUAGUUAGUAUUUUUACAGGGCCUCUAAAUAUUAAAUUUCUUAUUUUUUAUGAUUACAUUCAAGUGAAUCAGAACAUAGAGACGAAUUCAAAUUCUGUUUCCCAUAUUUGGAUUAUAGUAUAUGCAUGUACAUUGAAUUUCAAAGAGAGAUUUGAUAGGUGACAAGUAUGGCUAUUAAAAGAGGACACUUGACACAAAACUUAUUUCUACAGAAACAAAAGCUAAUGUUUGAAGAUAUAUCAAUUUUUCUGGAUACUUAAGCUUUUCUGGGUAAUGUUGCUUUAUGUAAAAAUUUAAAGCCUUCUGUAUUACACAAAAGUUAGAAAAUGGAAUAGAUUAUUCCACGUUAGUUCCACAAUUCAUUAGCUAUUGGGAACCAUAAAUGGUAAUAAUUAAACUAAAUAAGAUUAAUAUUUCUUAAGACUAUAGAACAUGUAAUCAAAUAAAAUUACCCCUUAAAAUUAGUUUAUGCGGUUGUAAUUUCACAACAAAUAAAUAUGUCAUAGAAUACUAAAUUGCCAACUGGAACACAUGUGCAAAUACAUACACACACAUGUUAACAGAAGUAAAACUAAAGGAUUGUUGUGCUCAUAUAAUGCAAGAGGAUUACUGAUUAGUAAAUAUAAAUGACAGACAUAGUCAAAAUAUGUAUUCCUUUUCAAGUGGCUAAUGCUAAAAUAAUUUUACUGUUUGUUUCUCUUUCCCACAUCCAAUAAAAUAUUUUGCAAUUGCAGUUUAAAAGUUACACUAGGAGGUGCUAAGUUCCUGUUUAAGAGGACAAAAACAUUGUCCAAAUGUAAAUUUAUCAUACUAUUUAACUAUCUAGGCAAAUAUUGCUUUCUUGGGCAGGCAGUUGUACUGCUACCAUGAUAGUUUUGUGUAGCUGGAGAUAUACAGGAAUUGAUUUUGGGGUUUCAGCCUGCAAAAUAUUUGCUACCAUACCACUGAGCUAUGGCCCUUAUCCAUUUGGUUAUUGAUCCUUGGAGUAGCACCUACAUAAAACUUAUGGAUAUGACAGGAGAAAGGAGAUUAAAUUUG